CCCUGCUCCCGAGACUUUCACUUUAGUCCAUCAUAUCUACCAGUGUGGAUGCGCGCAAUUUCUCCGAGCUCCUGGAAAACAAAGACUCGAUCAAGCAUGAAGUUUGUUCUGUGCCUGGCGGCUCUGGCUGCAGUCUACUGCUGCGUGGACUCCACAUACAGUCCACCCAAGGUUGACGUCUACUCCACUGAAAAGGGAAAGUAUGGAGAAGGCAACACCCUGAUCUGCAACGUGAGGAACUUCCACCCUCCCGACAUCACCAUCGAGCUGCUGAAGGACGGACAGGAGAUCCCUGACUCACUGCAGACCGACCUGUCCUUCAAACAGAACUGGCAGUUUCAUCUGAUGAGGAGCGUGUCCUUCACUCCCGACGAUGGACACAAGUACAGCUGCAAGAUCACCCACAUCAGCAACGUUAAACAAUACGGCUGGGAGCCAAACAUGUAAAAUGGCAGAACAAGCCCCGCUUGGUGAGUGGACUUCUCCGGCGAGGCUUCUCCACCGGCAGGGACGUUACAUCUGAACGCCGCAGCAGGAGGCCGAUGCGUUCUCCUGCCCGGCGCCGUGAUGUCUCUCCCCGUGGAGGAGCCUGUCCAGGUGAUUUGGCUCCAGCUACAGUGACGUUUAAUCUACACAUCUUCAAUCAAAAGGAUCCCGGGCGCUGACAGCCUUUCUUGCUUUUUCUAUUUGAUCACAGAACCAAACCACAAUAUCAUAUUCAGGAAACUAUUAUUGUUAAAUGAAAUAAAAGGAUUGAACAGGGCUGCUGAUAAUUUAGACCUGUGUAGCUUACCAACUUACUUUCCAGCCUUUGAUAGUGACGAUUGCGUGUAUAGAUUUUGAUGAAGUAAGGAAAUGUGCUUGUUUAUUGAUUUUAUUGGCUAACAUAUAUAUUUGUUUGGGACCUUAACUGUUUUUAUUUCCUGAAUUUGGAUAUUGAAAUGUAAACUGCUGAGAUAAAUGAUAGAUUCAUGGGUUAGUCUUUCUGUGCUUGAUGGUAUGAGGGUGAUUUCCUUUUUCAGUUAAGAGUUUUGUUUAUUCUCAUUAAUAAAUAAAUGUCCUUUAAAAGUAUAUCUACGUCCUCACUUUUAAGAUCCAAACCUCUACAACUCACACAUUUUAUUAGACAAUAUGUGUCAUUAUGUUAAAUUUGUUUAUGACCAUUGCAGUCACUUAUUAUGAUGUGUGGCUGUUUGAAUAAAGGGUUCCACCUGAGACAGUUUGAUGUACAUGACAUGUCUCAUACUGAUUCCAUAGUUGUCUCAUGUGUUUAUAAUUUAUAUGAAUAAUUGAUGAAUGCUAAUGUUCUAGUGCAUUUGAAAUUGCUCUUUGAGUUUAACUAUCAAUAUAAAAAACAAAAUUAAACCAGGAUACCAAGUGAGGGGCAACAACAAGUUUAGAUAUACUUUCCACUUUAUGAAUAAUUUGACUAAUAAAAGGAUUUUGGUUUUAUAAUCACA